AUGCCCCGUCGUGUGGAAGUUCUGCAAACACAAUUGCCUUCUUACAACCGCCUGAAGACACCCUAUGAGGCGGAGCUCAUCGCAACCGCCAAGAAAAUGACGGCCCCCGGAAAGGGUCUUCUUGCCGCCGAUGAGUCUAUUGGCUCGUGCGCGAAGCGCUUCGCACCCAUUGGUCUAUCCAACACAGAGGAACACCGCCGCCAGUACCGUGCUCUGAUGCUUGAGUGCGAGGGCAUGGAGAAGUACAUCAGUGGUGUCAUUCUGCACGAUGAGACAGUGUACCAGAAGGCCACCACAGGAGAGACGUUUCCGGCGUUUCUGCGGAGCAAGGGAGUGGUGCCCGGCAUCAAGACUGACAUGGGUCUCAACCCUCUUGUGGAGGGUGCCGAGGGUGAGCAGAUGACGGAGGGUCUUGACGGUUAUGUGAAACGCGCUCGCAAGUACUACUCAAUGGGAUGCCGCUUCUGCAAGUGGCGUAAUGUGUACAAGAUUCAGAACGGCACUGUGUCAGAGGCUGCUGUGCGCUUCAACGCGGAGACACUCGCCCGCUACGCCAUUCUCUCACAGCUGAGCGGCCUUGUCCCCAUUGUGGAGCCUGAAGUGAUGAUCGACGGUGUGCACGACAUCGAGACGUGCCAGCGCGUCUCGCAGCACGUGUGGUCGGAAGUGGUCUCUGCCCUGCACCGCCACGGUGUGAUAUGGGAGGGAUGCCUGCUGAAGCCCAACAUGGUGGUGCCCGGUGCAGAGUCCGGACACAAGGCGACACCUGAGCAGGUGGCACAAUACACCGUGACAACACUCGCACGUGUGCUGCCACCCGCACUUCCCGGUGUGACCUUCCUCUCAGGAGGCCUCAGCGAGGUUCAGGCCUCAGAGUACCUUAACGCAAUGAACCAGUGCAACCUGCCGCGUCCGUGGAAGCUGACCUUCUCGUACGCCCGUGCUCUGCAGUCCAGCGCACUCAAGGCAUGGGGUGGCAAGGACUCCGGCGUUGCUGCCGGUCGCCGUGCCUUCAUGCACCGCGCCAAGAUGAACUCACUUGCCCAGCUUGGUCGCUACAACCGUGCCGAAGAUGACAAGGACUCACAGUCACUCUACGUUGCAGGCAACACCUAUUGA